CUCUGACCUCAGUUUACGGUGUAUUUUUUGUGAAGCGCAUAGCUGCUGACGGCGCCAUAUUGAAAGACGUAAAUACUUUGAUAAAACGGUUAAAAACUCGACUUUCCGCGCCAUGCUGUACUUAGAGGAUUAUUUGGAGAUGAUCGAGCAGUUACCCAUGGAUCUCCGCGACAGGUUUACGGAAAUGAGGGAGAUGGACCUGCAGGUUCAAAAUGCCACAGACCAGCUGGAGCAAAAGGUAAUUGAGUUUUUUGUCAAUGCCAAGAAGAACAAACCAGAGUGGAGAGAAGAGCAGAUGGAGGUUAUCAAGAAGGAUUACUACAAAGCUUUGGAAGAUGCAGAUGAGAAAGUACAACUGGCCAAUCAGAUUUAUGAUCUGGUGGACCGUCACCUGCGUAAACUGGACCAGGAACUAACCAAGUUUAAGAUGGAACUGGAGGCUGACAAUGCCGGUAUCACAGAGAUUCUGGAAAGACGGUCUUUAGAGAUGGACAGUCCGUCUCAGCCGGUCAAUAACCACCAUGUCCACUCUCACACCACAGCCGAGAAGAGAAAGUACAACACGCCAUCUCAUCACACAACUGAACACAUUCCAGAGAAGAAGUUCAAGUCUGAAGCUUUGCUGUCCACACUCACAUCUGAUGCUGCAAAGGAGAAUGUUCCAGGUUGCCGAACCAACAGCACAUCUGCAUCCUCCACCAACAACGUGUACAGCGUGAACUCCUCCCAGCCGCUGGCCUCCUAUAACCUGAGCUCUCUGCCGGCGGGGCCUGGGGCCGGUGCUGGGGCCAUCACCAUGGCGGCUGCUCAGGCUGUCCAGGCCACUGCACAGAUGAAAGAAGGCAGGAGAACGUCCAGUCUGAAGGCGAGCUAUGAGGCCAUCAAAAACAACGACUUCCAGCUGGGCAGAGAGUUUUCUCUAUCCCGGGACACAACAGGCUACACCUCCUCCUCUGCUCUGGCCUCCACCCUCACGCAGACCCUCACCCCGUCCGCCUCCUCUGACUCCCGGGGCCGCAAGUCCAAAAGCAGCAUUAAGGCUUCCAGUCAUCAGUCCUCUUCAUCCUCCUCCUCAUCCUCACUGUCAUCCUGCUCAUCAUCAUCAGCACUGGCUCAGGAGCUUUCCCAGCAGGCCUCAGCAUUACCUGAGGCUGAGGCCAACAGCCAGGUAGACUGGACCUAUGACCCCAAUGAGCCCCGAUACUGUAUCUGUAACCAGGUGUCUUAUGGAGAAAUGGUCGGCUGUGAUAACACAGACUGUCCAAUCGAGUGGUUCCAUUACGGCUGUGUUGGCCUGACGGAGGCGCCAAAGGGCAAGUGGUACUGCCCCCAGUGUACAGCCGCCAUGAAGAGGAGGGGCAGCCGCCACAAAUAGACUGAACAGUGUGUUUGUUUUUUAAACUCUCAGCCUGUCUACAAAUGUGGUACAGCACAGAGUAGAGGUCAAAGGUCAAAGCAGGAUGUUGCAUUUGUUGGCAGGAGAUUUUUAAAUGUGAUCUGUGAUACAAGAAGUGGGUGGAGUUAAAAGUAAAAAGUCAAACUUC